AUGCCUUUUCGACAAUUUCGUGGGAAGGCGUUAGCUGCAACAAUCUUUCAGCGACUGUGUGCAUGCCGUUCAAUUACCAGCUCACUGGCCACGAGAGCGAAAAAGAUGCCUGACAGACCGGCAUUGAUCAACGAAGAUGAAUUUACCGAAGUUUUUCUCAAGGGGAGCGGGCCGGGCGGCCAGAAAAUUAAUAAAACCUCGUCAGCCGUUCAGCUACGCCACUUGCCUACAGGCAUUGUGCUCAAGGUGCAAGAGACGCGCUCGCGUGCCCAGAAUCGGAAGAUUGCGCGCGAGAAGCUCGCGCUACGGGUGGAGCAACUACAGAAGGGCGAGGAGAGUCGCCUGGCCGUCUUGAAAGCGACCAAGACCAAACGAAAGGCUAGCGCAACGAAGAAGAGCCAUCGCAAGUACCGACUCUUGUCUCAGGUGAAGGAGGAAGGCGUAGAUAAUCCCCCUCCCGAAAUUGCGGAAGCCUAA